AUGCUCCAAUUACAAAUCGGAAAAUUGCGGCUGCGCGCGCCACACGCGGUGAAAUCCAGAAGCGGUGAAAAUGCAACCACCUAUUUGCGAUCAGAAGGCACACGCCUCAUGGAAUUCGCCACACAUACGAUUAAAGAUGUCACUUUGAAUAUCUGCGCCGACGCUUGUACUACGGAAACAAAUGGACACGUUUGCUCUUCAUUCGAAUACGAUGCCCGAUCACAAGAAUGUUCAAUACAUGCCGAAGAUGGACAACCGUUUGGACCCAGUGUGUUGUCGAAAUCAGAAGGACCAACUGCUUUCUUCCAACAAAUAUGCGUUAAAGCUGACUCUUUGUGUUCGUCGCCGUAUGCUUUCGAGCGGUACCCACAAAGCUUGCUUAUUGGACAUGCUAUGAAGGAUUCUUCCUUGCUAGAAAUGAUGCGCACAUGUGGUAGUACGAAACGCGGAGGUGCGCGAUUUGCUGUGGAUGCCCUGCGAUCGCAUAAGCAAAUACAACUGUCGGUGGCCAAAUUUGUGAAAUCCGUGAUGACAACAUCCGGACUAUCUGAAUGUCUUUCGCGAUGUUUAACUGCCGCUGCGUCGCUGAACACUCAAUGCCGAUCGUUGAUGUAUUUCUACGAGACAGGCGAAUGUAUCAUAAAUCGAGAACGUCGAACUGACAGACCUGAUCUGUUUGUGGAUGGCGUGCAGGAUCAGCUCGUGGAUUACUUCGAAAACAAUUGUUUAGACGUGCACUGCUUCGCCGGUCAACUACACUGGAUUCGAACUGAGGAGUACUCUAUCAGCCAUGAUAAGGAUGUGAUCAUUGAAAGUAUGAGCAUGGAAGAAUGCCGAACCGUUUGUCAUGUCAAUCUCAUAGGAACGGAGCGGUUUCCAUGCAAAGCUUUCGUCUACAAUGCAGCAAAGAGGGAAUGUCAUCUGACGGCUGAGUCUGGAUAUACAGGCCAUCGUGGGAACUCGUUCAAUUUGAAUCCAAUUUCUAGCGGAGAAUACUUCGAAAAGUACUGUUUGCAAGUGUCGUUUGCUUGCAUCGAUGCCAGCUUUGAACUUGUCCCCGACAGAAAAAUGACGUCACUACCUUAUAAGGAAUUCGGCUCGACAAGCGUCCACAACUGUUUGGCUGGAUGUCUCGAAGAUGGUGCACAGUGUGCUACGGCAGUAUACAACUACGAAAAGGACCUCUGCUCACUGUCGGAGACGUCACAGUUCUCCCAUCCAGAGCUGUUCGUUCUCGCUGAAAAUAUGGACUACUUUGACAAAAUCUGCGAUCCUGCAGCGUUCACGAGACAGAAAUCCGAGAUGGCGACGGGACGUGGAGCAAAUGCGGUGGAAGGUGUUACCAUUAUUCCUCAGACGAAUGCCAUAGAUCUAGAAGAGGAUGAUCGUGUGACAUUGUUGAGUCGAGAGGAUGAAGAAGAAGUUUCAAAAGCGGUUGAUUUUAUUCUGAGUUCUACGCCAUCGAUCGACGCGUUGAAUGUUGUGGAUCAGCGGGAAACGGAAGCGGUCGGAACCGUCAUCGACGACACUGCCGACUUUGAGAGCGCACAGCGCACUAACGCCGUCAAAGCUCGUCUUGAAACAGAAUGUCGCAUGUCUGGAAUUACAGUAAACGUGGAAUUCGCUACUCCUACUUCCGGAUCCAUCUACAUCAAGGACCAUUUUGGGACGUGUCGUACUGAGUUCACAAAUUCGACGCAUUCCACUUUGCACAUACCGUAUCCAGAAAACGAAGACUCGAAUCCUAGAUGUCCUGGAGUGCAGAUUACUCCAUCAAUGUGGUCAUUCUCUGUUGUUGUGCAGAAGAAUGACAUGAAUUCUCCUUCAUUGGUCACAUCAACGGACAGAUUAUUCAACGUCUCCUGCGAUUACGCGGAACUUCUCGAGAAAGAGAAAAGCGGAACUCCGUCGGGGGAGGUCGAAGAAGACAACGACGAGGUGAAGUCGACUCGGAUCGAAAUGCGGAUACUCAGACAAGGUCGAGUUGUAACUACAGUACCACUGGGAGAUGAAGUCGAGUUGAGAUGGACAAUUAUUGACACAACAAGCGGUCUUGGAUAUUUCGUGGACGAUUGCGUAGCUGAGAGGGUCGGUGGUGUUCCACCGCAUCCAGAACCAUUGAAGAUUAUACAACACGGCUGCCCGGACGAAAAAGUGCUCAAUCGUCUCAUCAACUCACCGAUUGUUCGAGAAGUCGACGGAUUUUCCACAAAAAUGAAGGUAUUUCGGUUCGAUGGAUCACGUAGAGUUCGAAUUCGCUGUACCAUCGAUGUUUGUGUGGAUCAUUGUCCUACGAAUUCGGUGUCUAAGAACGAUACCCGUUCAAAACUUAGUUGUGCUUGA